AACAGCAAUUCGCUUAACGGGGUGAUUUCACGUAACUAAUUGAGGCUAAAACGUACAAAGCAGACAAAUGAAAGGACAAAAGCGUGAACACGUCACGUGACGCAAAAUAAAUGCGUCAGCCGCUCGCCGCUUUCUAAAAACGUCAUAUCCUGUUUUCGCCAAACAUGGAUGACACGUACGGAGAAUUAGUGCUACAUGCUUGAAGUCUGUUUUUACAGUGCCCGAGGGCUACGUGUCGUUUAUGAAAUAUCAGUAUUGUCUGCAGUUCGUGACUUCAGAACAUAAAAGCAGCUCGUCGGUGACUGACACAUGUCAACCGUGCUGUGUUUUGCAGCCCAGCUCCGGCGUAGUGAGAACAGCUGAGGCUGCGCUGGAGGACAGUCACAGUCGCCGGGCUUUGCGGCGGGAUAUGGACACCCAGCCGUGGCUGUAGCUCCGUACCGCGUCGCGCCGUGAUUCCGCCGCCGCCGACUCGACGAAGGACGAUGUUUCGGGUGUCGCUGAGCCACGUGCUGCUCUGCGGGCAGCUUCUGUUGCUUCUCACGGCGCUGCUCCUGCAGUGUUUGGAAGGAACCGAGUCCCAGAACGCGUCCGUGGGCCCGCCGGAGAGCGGAGCCGUGUCCACUGUCCCGGACGAGCAACAGGUGAACCUCACCACCGGGACCUUCGCAGUACCCGUGGGCCCGGGGAACGACUCCCACUCCCAGCAGCUGCAGUACAGACCCCCCUCUCCCGUGGUGCUCUGCAGCUACCUACCAGAGGAGUUUGUUUACUGUCAGGAACCUGUGGAUCAUGUCGGGAAUGUGACUGCCUUUCAAGAAAUGGGACAUGGAUGUGUGAAGUUUGGAGGCCAGGCGUACAAAGACGUGAACCACACUAAAGUGAUGUGCACGGCUCUGGAUGGUAUUGAGUGUGCAGGGCCACGAGAGUUUCUUCGUGGGAACGAGCCUUGUGUUAAGUACACGGGACAUUACUUCAUCACCACGUUGUUAUACUCUUUCUUCCUGGGCUGCUUCGGGGUUGACCGCUUUUGCCUCGGACACACAGGCACGGCAGUGGGCAAGCUACUCACGCUGGGGGGCCUGGGGAUCUGGUGGUUUGUGGAUUUGAUCCUGCUAAUUACUGGUGGCCUGAUGCCAAGUGAUGGCAGUAACUGGUGCACUUUCUACUGAAGGGAAACGUGAACGGUGGUCAAGGUGGGUUGUGUGCAUUAGAAGGGCUUACAGCCACGUUCUCUUUAGGCAGGCGAGGGAAACAGUUCAGACUAUGACUUGGGGAUUGUGUAUAUGUUGCCAUGUUUUGGGUUCAGUUUUGAAGGGUACAGAUAUUUUGAUUGUGCAUUCCUCUGUGUCAGGUCCUUGGGUGUCGAGUUUAACCGAGAAUUGAAAAUUGCAUUUUGACUUUUUGUAGAAGACAUCUUUAGUACUGUGAACAUGUUGAGAGAAGGGUCAUUUCCUUGUUGCUUCCUGUCAUCUCUUGCUUAGUGAAAACUGAAUGCACAAGAAAGGUUUUUCUAACUACAUGCACCUGAAAAAGCAAAAAGACAUCCUUAUCUGAUUUGCGGUUUGUCCACAUUUGGUCACGUGUCUCAACUUAGUUGGUGCCAGCCACGCUGAACACGCCACGUAGAAGGUCUUGUGCGGAGAGCUGAAUAGCACUCGAAAAAUGAACACUGGUUUUGCCAUGAUUUUAAUGAGCUCUUUUUGCUUGUGUACAUGUUGUGCAUAUUUGUUAUACGUUGGAGUUUAUGUUGCCGUUCCUUUAAGCCGUGUGGAUAUGCUUGUACAUUUGUUGUCUAAACAUCAUUUAUACACGUUGUCAUCAUUGUGCAUUAAAUAUUUCACAGCAGCAAAUACACUUUAAACAGAGGUGGGACAUGGGAAUGCAAUUCUUUGGAUGUGCUGUAACCUUCAAGUAAACUCUGAACUCGUGUUACUUCUCAGUAAUGUAUCCACUUUUAUCAUAAAAAUUGUAUGAAAAUGUUAAAGGGUUCUGUAAUUUGCAAAUGGCUUAAUAGUUUGAAAGACAUUUAAUUUAAAUCCUGUACUGUACUUCUCAGUCUUCCCUUUAUUAGUGAAUUACUGGAGAAUUUAGGUCUGCAUACACUGCUUCUGAUUCAGUAGAACAGUAUUUCUGAUUUUAUUUAAAUAUUUUUGUACAGGGAUAUAUUAUACAAAUAUUAUACUGUGUAGCAAAAAGAAGAUGCUGGAAAGUGUGAAAUACUGUUCAUUUGUUUUCAUUAAACGUUAAUGUUGCUUUCUAGCUCAAUAAUAAAACAUUACCAUCCAAAAGUGAUUUGAACAUGUUCUCAACCUGGAGGCUUCAGGCCUGAUGCAUCUGGUGAGUGAUGAGUGAAAUAUGUUUCUUCUUUGCAGUGAUUAGUCAGGAACAUACUGCAGUGCUUGAGCUGAUGGGCUGCUGUGUGCAGUCUGUUGGUAGACAUGUACUUUAUUAUUAAUAAUAAUAUAUUUUCUAUCACUGCCUCACAGUG